CUGUCACUUACGCUCCAGAUACCUCUCUCUCGCCCUUCUUUCUGCUCAAGAUGAGCCGGUGACCUGCUAUACUGUUGUGAUCCAUUUCCACUUUUGAUCUCACGCAAUAUGGCCUCUGCUGUGUUCUUCCUCGACCUGAAGGGCAAGACCCUUCUGGCGCGAAACUAUAGGGGAGAUAUCCCCAUGUCCGCUGUGGAAAACUUCCCCAUACUACUCAGCGAAGCCGAAGAAGAGAGCUCCGCAGUCCCACCAUGCUUUUCGAACGAAGGCAUCAAUUACCUCUACAUUCGCCAUAACAACCUCUACCUCCUUGCUCUUACGAAACGAAACACAAACGCCGCCGAGAUCCUCCUUUUCCUGCACAAGAUAGUCGAAGUCUUUACUGAAUACUUCAAGGAACUGGAGGAGGAGAGCAUACGGGAUAACUUUGUUAUCAUCUAUGAAUUACUGGACGAGAUGAUGGAUUUCGGAUACCCUCAGACGACUGAGAGCAAGAUAUUGCAAGAAUACAUCACGCAAGAAUCGCACAAACUCGAAGUCCAAGCACGUCCGCCGAUUGCAGUUACAAACGCUGUCAGCUGGCGAAGCGAAGGUAUUCGGUACCGCAAGAACGAAGUCUUCCUCGACGUCAUCGAAUCCCUCAACCUCCUCGUUUCUGCAAACGGCAAUGUUUUACGAUCCGAGAUUCUUGGUGCUAUUAAAAUGAAGUGCUAUCUGUCGGGUAUGCCUGAGCUGCGAUUGGGCUUGAAUGACAAGGUCAUGUUUGAGACAACAGGGCGAGCAACACGAGGGAAGGCUGUGGAAAUGGAGGAUGUCAAAUUUCAUCAGUGCGUGCGGUUAUCGAGGUUUGAGAACGACAGGACUAUUAGCUUCAUCCCACCAGAUGGCGAGUUCGAGCUAAUGAGCUACCGGCUGAAUACACAAGUCAAGCCAUUGAUCUGGGUGGAAUGCAUUGUGGAGAGCCAUUCUGGAAGUAGAAUAGAGUACAUGCUGAAGGCAAAAGCUCAGUUCAAGCGACGAAGCACAGCCAACAACGUCCAAAUCUCAAUACCCGUCCCUGAAGACGCCGACACACCGAGAUUCCGAACGAACAUUGGUACUGUGCACUACGCCCCUGAAACAUCAUCGAUCGUGUGGAAGAUCAAACAAUUUGGUGGCGGGAAGGAAUUCCUCAUGCGUGCGGAGCUUGGCCUUCCUUCAGUACGGGGAGACGACGAGAAAGGUGGUGGCAUGAUGGGUGGAUUUGGUGGCAGCAUGGGCGGUGUUGGAGGCGGUAAGGGGAAAAGACCGAUCAGCGUGAAGUUUGAGAUCCCGUACUUCACCACAAGUGGUAUCCAAGUGCGGUACCUUAAGAUUAUCGAACCAAAGCUUCAAUAUCCCUCACUGCCGUGGGUUCGAUACAUUACGCAAUCCGGUGAUAUCGCGGUGCGAUUACCGGAUGUACAGUAGAUGAAGGAUUGAUAUAGAAAUGCCAAAGGGAACACCAAGUGUGCCCAUGAUAGUUCC